ACCGGAAGCUUAUCGGUCGUUGUACUAUCAUUCAUAUGAUUACCUGUUAGCUAUUAAGAAAUCUGACGUAUGCACUAAAUAUAUCCUCAUAGCAUAUCAAGGGGAAGUUUUAGUACUCUGUGAUUGAAAUAAGUACCCGAGACUUUGAGAGAGUUGAAAUGGAAGGACAACGCUGGUUACCGCUAGAGGCUAAUCCAGAUGUAAUGAACCAAGUGAGUAAAUGUCUUGGCUCAGUUCUGGUCUUCCGCUAGGCCAGAGUCAGGUGUUCAAGUCAAUGGGGGUCUUAAGAGAGGAAAGUUAAGACUUCCAUGUUUUUACGACAGUUGGGCUUAGUACCUAGCUGGCAGUUUGGAGAUGUCUUUGGUUUGGACCCAGAGCUUCUUACACUAGUACCCAGUCCUGUUUGUGCUGUCCUGCUCCUCUUCCCAGUCACAGAAAAGUAUGAGUCAUUUAGACUGGAAGAGGAAGAAAAGAUUAAGGCACAAGGACAGAAAGUGUCAUCAGAGGUUUACUUCAUGAAACAAACUAUUGGAAAUGCAUGUGGCACAAUAGGAUUGAUUCAUGCAGUAGCAAAUAACCAAACACAUCUAGAGUUUGAGCCUGACUCACCACUGAAGACGUUUAUUAUGCAGUCUUCUAAGAUGAGCCCAGAGGAGAAAGCAGCUUUCCUAGAAAAAGAUGAGAGUAUCCGUGUAACACAUGAGUCAAGUGCUCAAGAAGGACAGACAGAGGCUCCAAGUGUGGAUGAAAAGGUGGAUUUACAUUUUAUUGCCUUUGUGAAUGUUGAAGGACAUUUAUAUGAACUGGAUGGCCGGAAGCCUUUUCCAAUAGUUCAUGGGAAAACCACAGAGGACAGUUUUCUUGAGGAUGCUGCAAGGGUCUGUAAGGAAUUCAUGGCACGUGAUCCACACGAGCUUCGCUUCACUGUUGUGGCUCUGUCCAAAGCCUAAAACACCCGCCUACAUUCUGUUUACUUAAGAAGAAACUGCCAACAAUUUGCAAAUGUUAAAGUGUUUGAGUACAUGCUGAAUUACGUUUUUGAAAAAGCAAUUAUUUGCAAAAAUCUUGUUGCAAAUUCCUGACCUAAUGUGUCAUUAGGAAUGAAACAAAGAAACUUAAUGUGUCUGUGUAUGCAUUUAUAGUAUUUUUUAAAUUUAUGUUCAAUUACUAUUCGAACUUUAACUAUGCCUUUUCUGCUCAAUCACACUGACACUCUCAUUUAAAUUAGACCAGAAUUAAGUAGCAGUUUCCCUAUAGACUGCAAAAGAAAGAAACUGUGUAUAAAACAUGCUCCAUACAGAUUCUCUUUUUUUGAUGCACAGAAUUACAUUAAAGGUGAAGGUCUUAUA